CACAGAAAAGAAAUGCUGGUAAGACAUUUUUCCACUGCAUAGGCAUGGCAUCAGGAUGCAGUCUGUCGAAAAUAGACAAAGAAGAUAAAGCAGCGGGAGUAAAAGGAGCAUGGUGCGUGUGAUCAUGUAAACAGAAGAAAAUGUUUUCAGUCUGUCUGCAAACAGCUGUUUUUGUUUGAUCGUGUGUUUUUCUAAUAAUCCAGCUGUUACAAUAAAUGGUAAGAGAGGCUUAUGGGUAACACAGUAAAAGCCGUACUUGCCUUAAGAGAGUGUGAGGCGCAUCUGGAGCUGGACAACAACAGAUGCUGUGCACGCUGAAUGAUUGGCUGCUUAUUGGUCAUUGGAGAGUACUUGUAGUGGCUUUGGAAGUGUUCCUCAAAUAGUGAAUGUUACUCAAAUAGAUUGAUACUCAGUCAUGGCUGUGGAACCAGCAGCAGAAAUCCAGCUACUCAGAAGCCAGAAGAUCAAGCUGAUAGACAUUCUCAGUGCCGAUGCCGAUUUUGUCCUGCAGCAUGCAGACUCUCGCUGUUUGCUGUCUGCUCAUGGCUACCAGCAGGUGAAAGCUUGCCGUGUUCCUAGUGAGAAGGUGACAGACCUGCUGGAUCACAUCAUCCAGAGAGGUCCUGAAGCAGCACGGGGUCUGCUGGAACUUCUGAACGACCAGGCCCUGCAGGAAACCUUCCCAAGGCUUCGCUUCAUUAAGGAUCUGCCAGUCAACACACUGUCUUCAGGCGAAACAUCAAGAAAGAGAGAAACAGCUCCUGACUUGCAAGAGACCAUUCCAUCUAAAAAGAUCUACACCAAAGGCUCUCGCUUAGUGAAGGAGAAGCAGCUGAUGACCGUGGCUCGUACCAUUGGCAGAUCUUGGAGGGAGAUUGGCAGACUGGCUCUGGACAUCCCCUCCGUAAAGCUGGAACAGAUUGCAGAGGACCAUUCGCUCCAUGUAGAACGAGUGUUUGCCAUGCUGCGCUACUGGAGCACCUGCCAGAGGGAAAAAGCCACUGCUGCUCACCUGCACUCGCUGCUCAGUCAGGAAGACUGGGCGCUGCCACCUGAAAGCAUUGACUCUCUGUUGGAGACUGACUGAGGCCGUCACUCUCUGGUACUUGCUGGGAUUGAAACCCUGUUUUUACUCUGAAUGAGUGUGUUUCUCAUCAUAUAGACUGUCAUUCCAUAUCAGGAAAAAAUAACACUUUAAGACUUUAGUAUGGAAUGACCCCACAGUUCCAUUUAGUACCACUGAGGCCUUUUGUUCAAGGUUCUUUAUAUAGCCUAUGUUUACAAUCUAUUUAUAUUUUUGUCAUCCAGAUUGUCCAUACUCUAAUUUUACUAUGUUGGUCUAUUCUAUCUAUUCAAUUCAAUUUUAUUUAUAGUAUCAAAUCAUAACAAAAGUUAUCUCGACACACUUUACAGAUAGAGUAGGUCUAGACCACACUCUAUAAUUUACAAAGCCCCAACAAUUCCAGUAAUUCCCCCAAGAGCAAGCAUUAGCAGUGGCUGUUGCGACAGUGGCGAGGAAAAACUCUGUUUUAGGAAGAAAACUCGCCAGACCCAGGCUCUUGGUAGGCGGUGUCUGACGGGGCCGGUUGAGGGGGUGAUGAACAGUGGCAAUAAUAGUCAUAAUAAAGAUAAUGGAACAGUGACUACAAUGGUAGUUGUAGUAGUUCAUGUCAUAGCAGGGCACAGCAAGGCGUGGGUGGACGCUGCAGGAUGCAGCCGGACACAACAGGGCAUCGCAGCGCGUAGCAGGACCCAGACUUGGUGCCACGGAAAUAUUCUGGGCGAAAAAGAAACAAAUGGACUCCAGGGAGUAAACUCCCCCGAGCUAGGUUAGUAACAAGCAUUUCUGGGACAAGGAUGCACACAUGAAAAGAGA